CGGAUGUUUGCUAAAACUCUCUAAAUUUAACUAACGGACCAUACCCUAAAAAACGCUCGUCAUCCAGCCAUCGCGACAGAUGACAACUGGCAUUUGACGUUCUCUAAGCAAAAUAAUUUUGUUGUGUCAUUUUCAUAUUAAAGAAAGAAAAGUUCGUAUGUAAAAAUGCCGAUUGAAAAUUUGGAAGAUCAAGGACUGGAGAAAAAUCCAGACUUAGGGCUUGCCCAUUGUAAGUUUCUCUUGAGCUUACCGGAAUACAGGAAUGACAGAAGUGUACAUUCGAAAAUCACCGAAGCAAUCAAGAAAGAUGAUAUGGCCCCAUGGUACGAAUUGAUUUGUAAAGAUGCUGGAUGGAAAUUAGAUGCGGCUUUGUUGAAGACCCUGAAAGCUAAAAAUGACGAAAAGAUCAAGCUUUUGGAUGAAGCUAUCGAAGAUGCUGAAAAGAAUUUGGGAGAAAUGGAAGUAAGGGAAGCCUACUUGAGGAAAUCCGAAUAUUAUAGUAGAAUUGGAGAUAAAGACAACGCUGUAAUUACAUUUAGACAAACUUAUGAUAAAACUGUGUCUCUCGGGCAUCGCUUAGAUAUCAUCUUUCAUCUCAUUAGAAUUGGUUUGUUCUUUAUGGAUCACGACCUUAUAACAAGAAAUAUCGAUAAAGCAAAGACUUUAAUAGAAGAGGGUGGAGAUUGGGAUAGAAGAAAUCGUUUGAAAGUAUAUCAAGGUGCUUACUGCAUGUCAGUGCGAGAUUUUAAAACUGCUGCCAACUUAUUCUUGGACACUGUCAGUACUUUUACCUCAUAUGAGCUUAUGGAUUACAAAGCUUUUGUCAGAUAUACCGUUUAUACUUCAAUAAUAAGCCUACCAAGGAAUCAACUUAGAGAUAAAGUGGUGAAAGGGUCUGAAAUUCUAGAAGUGCUACAUUCUGAACCAUUUGUUAAAGAUUACUUAUUUUCUUUAUAUAACUGCCAGUAUGCUGAAUUUUUCACAAAUCUCGCUGAAGUUGAGAGUAUAUUGAGAAAAGAUUAUUUCUUGAAUCCACAUUACCGCUACUAUGUCAGAGAAAUGAAAAUAUCAGCCUACACUCAACUCUUAGAAUCAUACAGAUCUCUUACUUUGCAAUACAUGGCUGAGGCUUUUGGUGUCACCAUGGAAUAUAUUGAUGAAGAACUGUCUACCUUCAUAGCUGCUGGGCGGUUGCAUUGCAAAAUCGAUAGAGUCGGAGGUAUUGUGGAGACAAACAGGCCAGACUUGAAGAAUGCUCAGUUUAACUCUGUUGUCAAACAAGGCGAUUUGUUACUUAAUAGAGUUCAGAAAUUGUCCAGAGUUAUUAAUAUUUAGAUAAUUUACUUUUUUAUUUAUGUAUGCUUAAGAAGUGAAUAAAGAAAUUUACAACAUAU